UCAAAGGAUUAGAACUUUGUAGUGAUUUAAUCUUUUAUUUUCGUCAGGGAUAUUCAUGGGAGUGCAUGUGAUAUUCUGUUUUGUUUUACUGGAAACAUUCCUGGUGUCGAGUAUCCUUUGCUCCAAUGGUAAAAAGUUAAAUGGGUACGAGUUUCCAGUCUACUCAACAGAAGUCUGUCCAAGAAAUCAAACGGAGUGGAACGCCAGGUCAUCUGCAAUUAACUGUACUGAGAAUAAUGGAUACAUGUGUAUUCCGAACAGAGAACUUACUAAGCUGUUGGAGUUCUGUUACAUACAUCAUUUCAUAUGGAUAGAGGAAAAUAUUUGUUUGUAUUUAGUCAAGCGCUUAUCAAAAGUUAAUUCAUAUAACUGCAGUGGUUUUCGUUCUGGGUGUCCAACUAAAGCUUUUAUAUCCAGUAAAUUGUUCGAAUACCCAGAUUGUACAUCUAUUACAAAUGGAUGUUUUUUGGCCGAACCAUCUUGUACAAGUAAAACAGCAUCAUCAACAGCCACAACAACAGUUUACCCACAGAGCUCUUCAAACAUUGUGACAGCCAACACUAAUAAAACGCUCCUUGAAGAAACCACAAAAACCAUCUUUGGCCACGUCAUAUUUGGAAUACUAUUAGCAAUAUGUAUCAUUCUGUUUAUUUUCAGCAUGCUAAUUAUCUUGCAAAGAAAAGAUGUUCGCAUCUGCAGAAGAAAUAUCAACAAAGGAAAUGUUGAGGAAAGUGGGCUCAGACUUAUUCUUCCAGGAAAAAAACGAAAAUCAAAACCAAUUCAGACAGUGUGUUUUCAAAAUGAAAAAGAAGGUGAUCAUAAGAAUGGAAUUAACAAGUUUGUUCAUGAAUCAAAAUUGGAGAAAAAUAUUUUUGAGCAAUGGCAGAAUGAAAACAAGUUUUUCAUCCAAACAAAAGCGUUCAAAGAAGUGGAAAAGCUCAUCAAGAGUCAAAACUUAGUUAUUGUUGGGGGUCACUCGGGAUCAGGAAAAUCGGCUAUAAUUCAACAUAUUGCACUUAAAUAUAGAAAUCAGGGAUGGAUUGUAAUACCGAUUUACAGAGUCCAGGAAAUCAUAAAUGUAUUUAACAAGAAAAAAGAAGUUAGCAAUGAAACUCUCUUUGUGUUCAAUGAUCCAAUUGGCAAAGAUACAUUUGAUGCUAUAGAAUUUAAUGAAUGGGAGAGAAACGAGGAGAGGUUAACAGCUUGUUUGAAAAAUGUAAAACUUUUGCUUACGUGUCGAACUUAUAUUUUAAGCGAUAAAAGAUUAAAAGGACUUUUGAAAGAAAAAUCAUACACCGUAGACAUCAACGAUGAAAAACUGAAAUUGGAUAAUCAGGAAAAACAAAACAUUUGGAAUUCGUACUCAUCUAACAAGAAAUUAUCCAAAGAGGAAUUGACGGAACUAGUUCAAAUCGAAGCGUAUUUUCCAUUAUUGUGUAAAUUAUAUUUUACAAAUGAUAGACAUCAAAGAGAAGGAUUGCGUUUUUUUAAAGAACCAUUCGCGUUUCUUGAAAAGGAAUUAAGAACUUUUAGAAUAUCAUACAUCGAGAAAUACUGUGCUCUAGUUCUUCUGAUUUUGUUUGACAAUGUUCUGUAUAUGGAAGGAAUAAUACGUGAUAAUACUACCAAAGAAAAAUUCGAACAUGCUUUAUGGUUAUGCGGAAUGUAUUUAAAAACACCGCCUUCUUUCAUAAUUGACAGUCUUGAGUCACUAAAUGGUUCUUUUGUAAAGAAAAUAGGCGAAAAAUUUCACUUUUUGCACGACGUAGUGAUGGAAGUUACUAUAUAUGUGUUUGGAUCUGAUUAUCCUGCAGAUAUUAUUCAGUACGCAGAUAUUGGUAUUAUUAGGAGAAGAGUGAAGUUACGAUGUUCUAACAACAAAGAUAAUGAUUUAUCAAUAUAUAUAGAAGAUAACAAUAUUGUUGAUCUUGCUAAAAGAUUUCUUACAGAAAUAUUUCGAGAACGUUUAUUGGAUGUUGUUCUUAACCCUUCUCUUAAGAGUGAAAAGGUUAUAGAAAUAUUCAUUAAUCAAUUAAAGGAUUCACCAGAAAAAUAUAAAUUGUUGCUGGAGAAGAAAGUGCUUCAAAUUGAAAAACAGGAACUUUAUAAAGCCACGAAACAUCUAUUUCUUUCAAAACUGGCCUUUGUGAAUAUAGGAAAUGGGGUGUCGCCUCUAUGUGCUUUAAUUGUAUUUAGUCAUACAAAGCUUUUUUUACAUUGUUUAGAAGUUCUCAAGCAAAUGGAGGAAGAUAUUCAUGACAUUGCUUUGUUUUCAGCUGCUUGCUGCAGUGGCUCAUUAAAACUGUUUGAAAUGUUUUUAAAAGACCAGGUGAAAAUACUUUUGACAAAACAAUGGGGAAAUCUUUACCCAAUCCAUGUUGUAUCUGCAUACCAUAAUCCCGAAAUAUUAUGCGAGCUGAUUCAGUUCGACCUUGAUGUGAAUUUAAAGACUGACAAAGAUGGUAACACUCCUUUAAUAUAUGCAGCAGGAAACGAUACCAAAGACUAUAUUGAAGAUAAUUUUAACAAUGAAAGAUCAUGUGAGGAAAGGCGGGAUAGAACCGUGCACCUUUUAUUGAAACUAAAUGCAGAUAUUGAUCUGUGUAACAAAAAAAAUGUCACACCUCUCUACAUUGCUAGUUAUGAAGGGCAUAAUAGCACAGUAGAACUUUUACUAAGCAAAGGUGCAAACAUCAACUUGUGUGAUAAAGACGGUGCUAGUCCUCUUUAUAUUUCGUGUGAAAACGGUCAUGUAAGCAGUGUAGAAAUUCUUCUGAGAAAUAAGGCAGACAUUAGUUUAUGUAAGAUGAACGGAGCAAGUCCUCUUUUUGCAGCAUGUAAAAACAGACAUAACAGUAUCGUAAAACUUUUACUAGAUAACGGGGUUGAUAUUAAUCUAUGUGAAAAACAAGGAUUCAGUCCUCUAUGUAUAGCAUGCCAGAAUGGGCAUGAUAGCACGGUGCAACUUCUACUAGACAAUAAGGCUGAUGUUAAUCUAUGUGAAAAUCAAGGAUUCAGCCCGCUAUGUAUAGCAUGCCAGAAUGGGCAUGAUAGCACCGUGCUACUUCUACUAGACAAUAAGGCUGAUGUUAAUCUAUGUGAAAAGCAAGGAUUUAGUCCUCUGCAUAUAGCUUGUCGGAAUGGGCAUGAUAACAUUGUACAAAUGUUACUUAACAAGUCAGCAGAAAUAAAUUUAAGUGAGAAGGAAGGAGUAAGUUCUCUCUAUAUGGCUUGUGAAAACGGACAUGAAAAAAUAGUGCACACCUUAAUUGAAUACGGAGCAGAUGUAAAUAAAUGUGAGAACAAAGGAACCAGUCCUCUUUAUAUAGCUUGUCAAAACGGAUAUGAUAACAUUGUAGAUAUUUUGAUAAGUAAAAACGCGGACAUCAAUUUAUGUGAUGAAAACGGGGCCAGUCCCCUACAUAUAGCUUGUCAAAAUGGACAUAAUAGCAUCAUACAAAUUUUACUGAACAAGUCGGCAAACAUUAAUUUGCUUAAGAAUAACGGAGCCAGUCCUCUCUCUGCAGCAUGUGAAAGCGGACAUUUACACACUCUUAAACUUUUACUUAGCAAUAAAGCUGACAUGAAUUUAUGUGCGGAAAAUGGAGCCAGUCCUCUCUACGUAGCUUGUCAAAACGGUCAUGUUAAAACGGUAGAACAUUUACUGAAAAAUGGAGCUGGCAUUAAUUUUUGUGCAAAAAAUGGAUCAAGUCCUUUAUUUAUAGCUUGUGAAAACGGACAUCAAAAGACUGUGGAACUUUUACUGAUUCAAGGAGCAAACAUUGAUCAAUGUGACUCCAAGGGAUGCAGUUCGCUUUAUACAGCUUGUGAGAACGGAUAUGAUAAAAUUGUGCAACUUCUUUUAAUCAACGGAGCAAACAUUAAUUUACGUGAGAGACACGGAGUAAGUCCCCUCUUAAUUGCAAUUCAGAACGGAUAUGAAAAGAACGUGCGUCUUUUACUCGAGAAAGGCUCAAAUGUCAAUUUGUGUGAGCAAAACGGAAUCAGUCCGCUGUUGAUUGCUUCUUGUUAUAGACAUGAUAGCACUGUUGAACGUUUAUUAGACAAAGGAGCAGAUAUUAGUUUAUGUACGAUAGACGGAGUCAGUCCUCUGUAUAUAGCUUGUCAGAAUGGAAAUUAUAGCACUGUCAAAAUUCUGUUAAGCAGAAAUGCAGAUAUUAAUUUAUGUACGAAAAACGGAUGUAGUCCAUUCUUUAUAGCUUGCUGUUAUAAUCAUUAUAACACUGUGCAGCUAUUACUGAACAAUGGAGCAAACAUAAAUUUAUAUCCAGAAAAUGAAUUCUGUCCUGAUUCCAAUGAUUGUCUGUUUGCAUUUUGUCAAGUGGAACACAUGUUCAGAAUAUUUGUCAAUGACAUCCUUGCAUUAUCUUAUGAUCAUAUGACUCAUAAAUGUGCAUAUAAAACUUGAUAUUGGACAAAUGAAACUCAUUGUUUGUUUAUUUGAUACUUUUAAGACGAGUCAGUGCUCACAUCUAUAUAUAAUAUUUGAUUGCAAAUACUUUAUACAGGUGCUAUGGAACGCCGGGACUGUCUUAUAUGGGGAUUUAACAUUAUACGCAGUGUUCUCCUCAUUAUAUUUGGUAGUAUAUUCAUUAUAUGAGGUCUUUGUUUACAUUAUAUCGUGUGCAUUUUCCAUUAUAUAUAGUACUUCUUUCAUUAUAUGAUGUAGUUAUUUCACUAUAUUAAUAUGUACAUCUAUCAUUAUAUGAGGUGCUUCCAACAUAUAUGAGGUGCUUCUAACAUUAUAUGCGGUCGUUCUAACAGUAUAUGCGGUGAACACAACAUUAUAUUAUGUACUUCUCACAUUACAUACAGUAUAUUCAUUAUUACAUGUAUAUGUAGUAUUUCUGUUAUGAUGAUGAUGAUGAUGAACAUUAAAUAUUAUG